CCUCUCCAAAUCCUGUUUUUACUUUGUGGUACUUAACUCCGUGCUGCAUUGGGAGAAUUUUGCGAUAAUACGCAUUAACUAUGGUACGCACUCAUUCUCUGUUGGCUUUCUUCGGGCUACUGCAACGGGUUGGAAGCCUCUCGCUGUCGAAUCGGAGCGUCUCGACUGGUCGUCGAAUUUUGUUUCAGGUUGCCGGCAACGCCUUGCUUGUUGGUACAUCGGCUGCGUUUGUGGGAGCGUCACCAGCGUGGGCCGUUGUUCCGACCCCUAAAGAACUCGAGCGCUUGCAAAAAGGCCAUGCUCGCGUUCACUACCUUUUGGACCACUGGGAUGAUGUUACCAAGGUGUGUGGUACGGCAAUCAUGAGUGAUACCGAGCGCAAACAAAUCAUUCGCACCGAAGGUGGUGGUGGCGGUGACGCCUGUGCCAAGACACCUCUACGUGUGCAAGAAUUCAUGGGCUACAAAUCCACCGAAGAUCCCUUGUAUCGGGCCGACAAGCUAAUGGUCCGCGCCGGCGUCUUGGUGGAUCCCGACGAUUUUGACGGCUAUUUGGAUGUCGUUGAGCGCUACCGCGAGAAAGCGGACAGCACCGCGUUACUCGCAUACACUUCUUCAUGGGGGGAAGCAAAUCCAAACGGAGGAAAGGAGGUAGUUGACGAUUACUUGGAUCAGACAAAAGCUCAAGUGGUUGAAUCCGAAGAGCUCUUACGGUCUGUGCUGAAAUAUCUCAAGUUGGAUCCUCUACCUCCAAUUCAGGGCAAACUUUAGAGCCUGGUUGUUCCGAGCUAGCUAAAAAUGUUUUCUGG